AUGACAUCAUUAGCAUAUUUCCCCGCGGCCUAUGUGACUUUGUGUGAUCUUCUGAUUGUGUUCAGCCGUCAGUUGUUGGCCAAUGCACAUCUGGCUCCUUUGGUGUAUGUGCCAGACAGGGGCCUGCAGCAUCUCCUCAACCACUUCAUUCAAACCUAUGUAUUCAUUGAUGAUGAGGAUGAAGAACAAGAUGAACACGUCAAAAUUGAAGAACUGCACAAACGACGUAACUUUCUUGCCACAUUUUGCAAGUUAAUUGUGUACAAUGUUCUGCCAACAAAGGUUGCUGCUGAUGUCUUCAAACAUUAUGUCAGAUAUUAUGAUGAUUAUGGUGAUAUCAUCAAGGCCACCUUAGGCAAAGCCCGUGAGAUCAAUAAGGUGAACUCUGCUAGAACCAUGGCAUUGGCCCUUACAAUGAUCUUCCGAGAACUUCACAAAGAUAAUGUGAGAAUUAACAGGCAGGGUGUAGACUUCAUUAGUCUCAAGGAACUGGCCAAACGAUUUGCUUUGUCCUUUGGUCUUGAUGCUGUGAAAAAUCGUGAGGCAAUUACUGCGCUUCACCGGGAAGGCAUUCUGUUUGCUGUUAACCCUCUUGAAAACCCUGCUGAUCCUACAGGACCUCCUCCAAACCUUGCUUUCCUGGAGAUAUUAACUGAAUUCACAAAUAAGCUCCUGAAACAGGACAAGAGAGUUGUGCUCGCAUACCUUGAUCGUCGCAUAGCCGCUGGUAUGCCAAGCUCAAGAGGGGAGGACUGGCAACCAUUACUUAUGUAUCGUAAUUCACUGGUGCAUGGAGAGGGUGAUCAGCCUCCUCAGACAUCUAAACGUGCCUACACCCGCAAGCGCAAACAUGUUGAUGACGAUGACGAUGACGAUGAGGAUGAUGACGCUGGAUUCCAGCCACCCAUCGAGGAACCUCGCGAGACGGGACGCCCCAAGAGACGAAGAAGGCUGGAACAGACACACCCAGAUAUUAUUGGCCGUACCAUCCGUCACAAAUGGUACAUCGAUGGAGAAGGGGUGUACUGUACUGGUACAGUUCUGGGUAUUUCUGCCCCAGGGACAAUACCCGAAGAGUCAGAUGAUGGCCAGUUCAUAAAUGGCACAUGUUAUGAUAUUCAAUAUGAUGAUGAGGACUUUGUGAGGCACUUAAUUCUUGAGGGAGAUUGGCAGAGAGGAGACAUUGCUGUUUUGGGCCGUGCAGAUAAUGUGCCAUAAACCAUUUUCAGUCUAUGUUUUAUUGCUUAUUUUAAUAUUCUGGAUUAGCUGUACAAGUUUCCUGAAAAAGAUCUUCCUUUGCCUGUCAUUUGAUUUGUGUCUUUCUAUUCAGAAGUUAAUUUUCCAGAAUAUGAUAAUUUGCAAGUGUGAAUGUGUGUGUGUGUGUGUGUGUGUGUGUGUGUGUGUGUGUGUGUGUCUGUGUAUGGUUUGUUUGUAAUUUUAUCAUUAAUUCACCAAGUAGAAGUCAUGUUUUGGGACCUGUAUAAGUGACUCUUUUAAGAUAUUUAGAAAUAUAUGUAGUCUAUUUUUACAGAGCUAUUCAGAAAGGGUUAUUUGAUCUCGAAAAGAGUUUGUAUUUUGUACUAGAUUUCUGACUAAGAAGGAAGGGUCCUGAUGUUUAGAAUCCAGAGAAAAUCAUAUUAAAUUUUAGUUUUAUUUAUACUUUGUUCAGUAUUUGUAAGUAAUGUAUUGCUGAAUUUUUAAAAAAAAUUUAAGCAAUGGACAAAUUUUAUUAUUAAUAAAUUUUUCUAAGGAAA